AUGUCAAGUAUGCCGUUGGUGAAUCAAAUAGAGCCGUUUAUUCCCGGCACGAUCCCGUUCGCGCAGUUUUUGGAGCAGUUAUAUUGGGUGUUUGCGCAUCAUAAAGUGACAAGUCCGGAGGAGCAAAAAGUGUCGUUUUUGGCUACUUGUAGUAGAGAAGUGUAUAGUGAACUGACGCUUCUUUUUCCCGGAAAAGAUUUGAAAACCGUGUCGUUUAAAGAGAUUACGGAUGCUCUGAAGAAGCGAUACGAUAAGACGGAAAGCGAUUUGAUCCAGCGGUACAAGUUUUAUCAACGUGUCCAAGGUCCGAAUGAAAGUGAGGAUUUUAUUCUUGCUGUCAAGCUCCAGGCAGAAAUGUGUGAUUUCGGAGAGUUUAAGGACAUGGCGAUUCGUGAUAAACUGGUUUGUGGUAUCAGCAACAAGGAUUUGCAGCAGCGUUUGUUUGAUGAGGAGGAUUUAACUCUGGCCAAAGCGGAGAAUUUCAUUGUGAACAGAAAGUUAGCAGGAGCAAGAGCUAAGUUGAUCUCUGGUGAUUCGACUCGUGUUAGCGUUUUGAACAGACUUGGGAAGCGUGACAGUCGUGUAGUUUCUCGAGAUCGCUCACGAGGAAAGAGUUGA